CAGGAAACAUUAGGAAACAUGCUCAGGCAAAGCAUGGGAUAGAAUGGAAUCCUGAAAACGGGAGAAAAGUUAACUCGACUUGCUUUGAGGGAUCGCCCAGACAGCUAUGGAGACCCCCAGCGAUACUUCAAAAAUCCUUGAGAAAGGUCCGGAGUACCUUCGCAAGCAAAUGGAACUGGAGAGUGAGGUGAAGGGACCCAUGAGUGCGGUGGAGAGACUUGCUGCUAGCAAGCCAAAGUAUGUGAAAAGCCAACAGGUGGUCAACACCACUCAGGAACCGCUCAUCAGCCUCGGUUCAGCCUCAAGCACCGUGUCCUCGAACCGUAGCUCGGCACGUCUCCGGGAGUCUCAACAGAGCAGUUCCCCAGUUGAGGUUCGUCGCUCCAGCUCCAAGAAACGACCUGACUCCAUCCUGCUUUACAGACAGAAGUGUGAGCUACUAAGAGCGCCCGGGAAGGACCGUAAACAUCACAUCACGCGGAAACUGCUUCGAAGCUCCGCGAGUAGAACGAUGACCUUACCUGAGAAGGAAUGCGAGGACAGCCAGGAAGAACUUGAGGAGUGCUCUAGGACCCCGACGCCUGAGAGAAGACGGAAUGUCACCACUAACAACUUGGAUAGUGGUCCAAAAGAAGCAUCCGCUAAUCUACUGAUGGUUCCUGUCAGGAGGGGCAAAACAGUGGGUCGAUCCCGCUCGGACAUCAGCUCCAGGUACUCCAAGAACUUUGCAGACUUUGACGCCUUCUUCAAGUACUGCGGACUGGAUGGAGAGGUCAUCGAGUCUCUGGGGAAGGAGAAUUUCUCGGCCCGUUCGGACGAGACUGUGAUGAAACUACGGAGCAUUAGCGUGUCCACGUCGGACGGCGGAUUCUCCAGGGACAGCGACGAUAGCGAUGGGCUUCAAGAGGAGGUCCUGCACAAGAAGAUCCGCCAGGGAACGUCGGUUAUCGAGCGGAACGCGAGGAUUAUCAAAUGGUUGUACAGCUGCAAGAACGCGAAGGAGAGCGGGAAAAAGUUGAGAGACCUUGACUGACAUCUGUCAGUCAUUUUCUACAUGGAUAACAGAUGCCUUCCAGAAGUGUAUCUGGAAAAACAACUUUUUUGGUUUGAACUGGACUUUCUUUGCCAAUUUCUGGGCUUGUAGACAUGAGAUUUUAAUGAAAAACUUCAUGAUUCGCUGUGUUUUUCUGACGUUUCGCAGGCCAGCGUAUCGGAUACCAGAUGUGAGGCCAGAAAUGUAACAUUUAAAGUGAACAAUUUCAGGGCUCUUGCAAACUUUCGUACAAACAAGCCUAAUCAUGACCAAAAAUAGACGUGAAAUUUCCACUAAUAACUUCAAGAUUCGCCUUGUUUUUCUGCUUCUCCAGACGACCGUAUCGGAUGCGAGACGCAUUACCAGAAAUGUAACACUUGAAGCGGACUUUCUCUGCCGAUUCCAAGGCUCAUAUGGACUUUCACCAACUCCUACUAGAGAGUUGCUUUGAAGCUAAGUCAUGAAUAGACCUAGAUGCGACAUUUUCACAAAUAACUUCAGGAUUUGCUUCGAUUUUCUGCUGUUUUUCAGGUUAGCGUGUCGGAUACUAAAUGCGAUGCCAGAAAUUUGUUAGAAGCAGACUUUCUCUGCCAAUUACAGUGCUUGUACAAACUUUCAUAAGAGCAAACCCAAUUAUGACCAGACCUAGAUGCAACAUUUACGCUAAUAACUUCAGGAUCCACUUUGUUUUUCUGCCUGUUGGAUAACAGAUGCGAUGCCAUUUAACAUUUGAAGCAGGCUCUCGCUGCCAAUUCCAAGGCUUUUACAAUCUUUCACCAUCUCCUUCUUGAGGGUUGUUCGAACAUGCCCAAUCAUGACCAGACCGAGCCGCGCCAAUUUGACAAUUCUCUUUAUGACUCUGCUGUUUUACAGACCAGUUUUACAUAAAGACGUUGCUCAUUCAUCUUAUCAUCGGUAGUAAUUGACGGCCAUAGACAUUCCACCUGUUCGCUGCCAGACCUCCCAGUCAAAACGGAUGGGAUAUCCAUCGCUAUUAAUAAUAUUUAUCUCAUUUUUACAUCUGACAUUUGUACAAACCUAACUGUCUGUAUUUCUGUGAACAUAAGAUACCUUUUAGACGUCUGGCUGACAUCCCAGACAAGUUAUGUCCUGCCUGUGAGAGCUCAAAUACACCACCCCCCAAGGUAUGUUUCUUACUAUUGCUUCCUUGUUGCGUCACUUUUUGUGUGUCGAAAAGUAGGACCAAAAAUUAAAUAGUGGUCGGAAAACCAUUGACUAGUGUUUUCUGCCUAAUCCUUCCUGACCCGAGGAACCAUUUAGGGUUUUCAUCCCCAAAAAUUGUUUAUGAAAUGUUUUUGCCCAUCUUUAAACUGUCUCUUUGAAGUUUUAUUUGUUUGGAGUAUCCGAAAUGGCUUCAUUGUUUAGCUUUCCCGUUCAUGUUCUACAGCAGGGGUCCCCAAACUUUUUCCUGUGAGGGCCACAUAACUUUUUCCUUCUCUGAUGAGGGGCCGGGUCAGUUUGUAACAGAAAAAGUGUGACGAUUGCAGGAGUGCCUAAAUGUAAAAAAUUAUUAUUUUUCAGAAAGCCACAAUCAAAUAACCCUUUCUGAAUUCUUCACGGAACGAAAGUAAAUAAAAUAAUAAUAAUAUAAUAUAAUAUAUAGGGCUGUCAAAAUUAUCGCGUUAACGGGCGGUAAUCAAUUUUUUAAAUUAAUCACGUUAAAAUAUUUGACGCAUUUAACGCACAUGCCCCGCUCAAACAGAUUAAAAUGACAGCACAGUGUCAUGUCCAUUUGUUACUUGUGUUUUUUGGUGGUUUGCCACCCUCUGCUGGCACUUGGGUGCAUCUGAUUUUAUGGGUUUCAGCACCAUGAGCAUUGUGUAAUUAUUGACAUCAACAAUGGCGAGCUACUUUUUUUUGUUUGUUUGUAAAUUUUACAAAUUUUAUUAAAACGAAAACAUUAAGAGGGGUUUUAAUAUAAAAUUUCUAUAACUUGUACUGACAUUUAUCUUUUAAGAACUAAAAGUCUUUCUAUCCAUGGAUCGCUUUAACAGAAUGUUACAAAUUUUAUUAAAACGAAAACAUUAAGAGGGGUUUUAAUAUAACAUUUCUAUAACUUGUACUAACAUUUAUCUUUUAAGAACUAAAAGUCUUUCUA